AGUCAGUCUAGGAGGAUAAGAGCGAGAUACUGUUAAGAAGGGCGGAGAUGACUUUCGGAGUUUCAGUAUUAGUCUAUCUCUUAUUCAAUGAAGGAGGCUCACCUGUUAAAGAUGCUUUCUUCCUCUUCAUCCAGCAAUGGUGGCAUUAACAGAAGAGGUGUCCUUGAAGGGGACACUGGGAAUCACAACCCAGCAAAGUAAUUGGACCGUUAACAAAACAAAAGAAGGACCUAUAGCCUUGAAGUUCUCACUUUCUUGCCUGGAAGACCACAACAGUUACUGCAUCAAUGGUGCAUGUGCCUUCCAUCAUGAGUUGAAGGAAGCCAUCUGCAGGUGUUUUACUGGUUAUACUGGAGAAAGGUGUGAGCAUUUGACAUUAACUUCCUAUGCUGUGGAUUCUUAUGAAAAAUACAUUGCAGUUGGGAUUGGCGUUGGAUUAUUAUUAAGUGGUUUUCUUGCUAUUUUGUACUGCUACAUAAGAAAGAGGUGUCCAAAACUGAAAUCCCCCUACAACAUCUGUUCCAGAGGAAGACCACUGUGAGGCCUUCAUAAGAAAUUUUUUUGAGGCAUAUGUAAAAAAUGAGUGGAUCCCAAUUAAAAUUUUCAAAUGAAGCAGCAAACCUUCCCAAGCUGACUAGACUUGAAAAUAAUGAAAGCUGGGAUCAUGAUGAAAUAAGAGAAUAAAUUUCAACAUUGGUCUUUAGACUUUGUAAUUGUUAUGGUACCAUGGGAGCCAAUGGAAUAAGCUUACAGUGACAGAAGUCAAGUUCAUAGUACUGCUCUGGGCCUGUUGCUGUUGUGGUAUGGCUGUUGCUCGUAGUGCAAAGAGACUGAGUUUCAUGCUUCUGACAAUGUCAGAUGUGGGUUUUCCUGGAAAUAACUGUUAACCCUGCAGCAAGCUAAAGCAAUGCCAUGCUUGGGAUCUUCAUGUGCUUGCCACCAGUAGUUUGGACCAUACCUCUCAACGGACCCAAUCCCAAAGGUGCUGCUUUCAUAGUAUCUAAAAGAAUGUGACGCCAACUCUUUGGAUGGGAUCAGUGUUAUGGCACCUACAGUGAACCAAAUAUAAGUCUGGAGUCUAAGUCAGAGACAAGAAGAUGGAAUUCCGAGGCAAACAUACAUCAUACCAGCUUGUGACAACACCAUGGAGCCUCUAUCUGUGAAAUAUGGAAUAAGCUGAAGAAUUGCUGAUGACUGAAAGCUCUCUGGAUAUGGAGCCCUGAGUAGGCAGAACAUUUCUAUUCUCUUCAUGGGUUAUAAAACAUUGUGUUCGACUCAUCGGUCCUCUAAUGCUUACAAGUUCAUCACUUCCUCCUCUUGUUAGAGGAAUUACCUGGUGACUAUCCAUUUGGACUGAAAUUCCACCAGGAAUUACCUGGUGACUAUCCAUUUGGACUGAAAUUCUAAAAUACUACUAAUAAAUGAAAUUCUGCAACUGACCCCCAAAAGAAACAAAAAUUGGACCCAGGAUUUUUUCAUCAGCCAACAGCAUGUGGAAACUUCCCUUACCACUUAUAAAUUCUUGAUAGCAGAUUUGCACAUAGGGAGAGAAAAUGGGACAAUGGUAGAAAGAACUAUAUCGGAAUUAGGGCCCUUUGUCUUCAAUCAUAUUUCUUCCAUGUAAUUAGAAUAAUCUUGGGCUGGAUGGUUGAUAUCUUUGGGCUUUGGUUUCAUUUUCUACAAGGAAGGAAAAAAAAGCAAUUUUUCCUUAUCUGUGCUGCAAGUGGGAUAUUCUCAACCCCUACCUCUCAAUCCAAAACACACCAUUGGCUACCAUCUUAGAUAAAUAUUUUAGUAUUUGUUUUGUAAAAUAAUGAUUUAAAAUCUGUUUUUGAAGGAAGCAAGACAUAGAAUUUAAAAAUAGUAUCUACAAUUCUUCUUUUACAUUCAGUCUAAAACUCUGGACUUUUUUUCAUGGUGAUGUUGAGGAGGAAAACCAUUUCGAUCAUGAGAUGAGUAAAAACAGGAUCAAAAUGAACAUUCUUACAGUGAUUGCCCCAUAACAGGCCUUUUGUUUGUAUGAAGUUAUGACUUUUCAUUCACUCUUAAACAAAACUUUACAUUCUGCUUUCCUUUGAGUAGAAGGUAUUUCACUUGCUUUGUUUUGCCUUCAGAAGGAAUUUAAGGUGGAUGAGUUGCGUGUCAGCGCUUCCUGACUGUCCUCACAAAGUAUGUAAAGGUUACAUCACACCAAGGAGUGGGGAGGUGAAGGUUCCUCCCAGUGACUCCAGCGACCACACCUAGAAAGCUACGCUCUCACUGAGCAUUUCACAAAGGUGUUAAAAAGCUGGGGAGAGUCCAGGAAGAAACAAUAAAGCUUAAUGAAGAACUGCCUCCUGAUGAAAGAGAAAUUAAUGCUGGAGUCUGGAAACUCCAACAUUAACCUAAACAUUAACCUCCAGCAAUAACCUAAAAAGUUUUAAGCAUUUGCUGUCUAUAAAUAUUUCUCAAUUUUAAACACCAUAUGGUUGAAAUUAAACAACACUAGGCAAAAAAUUAAAAUUCCCAGAUUUCCAACCAGAAAAGUAUGCCAAGACAAAAACAACAGAGAUGAAGAUUUUUUCACCUGUGGCACAGUAGGCAUUCACAGGAUAAAAUCCGCCCUAGGAGAUGAUAGGAAGGUAGAGUGUGGCUCCUGAGAAGCCAUCUGUGUGUGGCCUGUCACACACACAGUCCUGUGACCCCACAGUCCCUGCAGUUAAAUUUGGAGGAGGGCAUCUCUGGCUUUCCAAUGGAGCUAGAGCCGCAUCUGGCAAUAUUUAUGUUUGCAAGCAGGACUUCGGUGAAAAAAGGCAUAAAUACAAGAUGUUCUGCCAUUUUUUUCACUUUUUUUUCUUCCUAUGUACAAUAAAACCCUGAAAGGAGUCUACCAUGGAAGCCCUUGCAUCAGAACUGUAUUUUCAGCUAUCACUCCAUGGAUCAUUAGGUGGGUAGAUCAGUUCGGAAAAAAACGAGAACAUGCUUCUGGCAUUUUUGAUAAAAUCAAACUGGCCAAGGGGUCCAUCAAUGUCUUUCAUUUCAAUUUUGUCUUCUUCCCGAGUCUAUCCUUCUUUCUUUGAGAACACAUCCCAGGAUAUCCGUAUUCAUGAGUUAGCAUUUUGAAGCAUGAUGGCAUGGGGACAAAUGUUACAAUUCCAGUCACACUUAAGCAAGUAAAUUUAUAAAAAGGGAAUUAUAGUUGUUUGUUAUUGUAUCUUCUUUUCCCAAAUUAUUGAUUUUUUGGUAUAAUUAUGUUUUUAUAACAUUUGAAGUGAAUGAAAUGACAACAUAAUUUAUCAUUUACUGUUUCCUGAAACAAUACAAAUAUAAUCCAUUAAUUUUGAAAUGUCCUUUUUGGUGACAUCAAGAUGAUUUUUAUUCAUUGUAUGUAAUUGAAAGAAGUCUUAAGAAAACCACAAGGCAAAUCCUAGCAAUGUAAGCUUUUAAUGUUGCACAUAAAAACAAUCAGAAGACCAUGAGUGAGCCACCUACAUUUGUGAAUUACACACAGUGACACACUGUGUGCAGUGUAACGUGAAUAUUGAUGUCCUGCAGCUCACACUCAUGAAGAAGGUUACCAGAAUGUCUGCUGCAAAAUACCUCUCUUUCUGGCCUAUCAUAACUGCAUGACAGAAGGAUACUAGCAUCUGCCAAGACAAACUGGAAGUGUUGAAAUUUCAUUUGUCAGUGUCUGGCACUGCUAAUCUGGGUGAGUCCAUGUUUCUGUCCAAACCUUUGGCAAAGUUCUCUUCAGUGGCACAUGCAGAAGAUUGUCUUCCAAAUUGAGCUCUAAAUUUCUGUUAGUUAUUCAAUCAAUGAACGUAUAGCUCAGAGUUAAAGAGCCUAAGCAAAUAAUUUCCUAAAAAUUCAAAGGCUAGGCUCUUGAAUAUCCACCUGAAUAAAUGUGUUCCCUCAUUAUAUUUCACCUCUGCCAAAAAUCAACAUGAUGAAUGUUCCAGAUUGUGGGCAACACCCCCAGCUUCCAAAAAGAUGUCUCAUAAAGAUUAGGAAUAUUACUAUGUAGUAAGGAGGAGAAUUGAAUUGUUUAGUUAGGGCUUACCUGUAUACUCCAUGUCCUGUCUUUGUAAUUUGUAUGUCUCAGAUAUUGGAACAUAAAUCAUUUUGAUUGAAAUUAGGUGGAGACCACAGUCAACCAAGUAUCAAACUCACCAUGCUUUUGAUCUUUAAAAGGAUGUUAAUUGGGCAUCACAUCUUUCUGGAAAGAAUGAUAUCUAUAGAUUUUUAAAAUCUCACAAAAAUAUUUAUUUAUUAUUAAGUCCCUUUACAGAUCAAGAUGAAGCAAUUGUAUAAUAUAGUUACCAUUUAUGAGCACUCACGAUGUUUGAUUGUUAACUUUAUUUUAAUUAAUCCACACCUGUGUAUAAUUGAGGUGUAGAGAAGGCAAUUCAUUUUUUCAAGGUGACAUAGCCUUUAAGUGCAGAGCCUAGACCUAAACCAGGUAAAUCUGAUGCCACAGUCUCUCAUCUAAACUCUAUAUGGCAAGACUUUGUAAUAUUUUAUGGAAAAUAUUAGUGUUGGAGUUACCAUAUUUUUCAGACUAUAAGACACAUGUUUUUACCCCAAAUUUGGGAGGAAUAAUGGUUGUUAAUGCUGUUGUUGAGUUCUGUUCACAUUUAUAUUAGUGAAAUAUUAUGUUAUUUAUGUUAUUAAAUAUUUUACCACAUUUUUUGCUUAAGAAUUUUUUUUUCUAUUUUCCUCCUCUAAAACCUAGUUGUGUCUUAUGGUGUGAAAAAUAGGUAAUUUCUUGAUGACCUUAGAGCUAUACCCAAGUGACUUGUAGGCAAUACAUAAAUAUGUAAAAUAAUAUAAAAUUUAUAAAAUAAUAAUUUUUGUCCUGGAUUAACCACAAAAACUCCCUGCUGUCAUGUGCAGAUUAUUAAGAUAUGCAUCCAGUCCUUAGGGUGGGGCCAGAGCAGGCCUCAGGUGCCUGCUGACACUUGAAUGAACAGGCUGCGGAGACACAAUAGACUGGCGGGUCCUCAGGACUCUGAGUAAGAGAAGGGCAGUUGGAAAUGUUUGACCCCUGCCUGAGAACAAGGGUUCUCUGGCACUGAUGUUACCCUAAUGGGGACAUGCCUGGCUCAGCUUGCUGAUGGGAUGAGGAUUGGUUGUCACAUCUACAGGAAAGUCUCAUCAAUGGAUGUUUUAGUACAUCACCCCCAUCUUACCCCUAGUCCCACAUCCAUUAAUAAAUCUGUGCAAUGGAUAAAUACCUUAAUGACUUGUGAUCUUGUCCAGCUGUGUGAUCAUUUAACUUUGCUGGGACUCCUUGAACAUGACAUUGUUGUCUGUUAAGUGAAGUUAGACUCUUAAGAUGAGCUCCACAUUCCUUUCCGGGUUGGAAGUUGUA